AUGUUUUGUUGGCUAACCGUGUACCUUUUCUUUUCUUUCUUAAUCUCUCCCCUCCCUAAGGAAACGCCAUUCUAUGGUGCUACAGUUAAGAUCCAUGAGUCUGUAGGGGUGAUAGGCAUUGCUUGUCCUGACACGUGUCCCUUACUGGCCUUUGUGUCCCUACUGGCGCCUGCAGUCAUUCGAGGUAACACUGUUGUUAUCGUACCAAGUCAGAAACAUCCCAUGAUUGCUGUGGAUAUGUACCAGGUACCAAUCACGUCCAUUUUAUUUUCUGAGUUAUUCUGUGCGUUAGUACUGUUUUUAGAUCGUGGACCACUUAGUUCUAAAUUUUUUCUGUGCUUUCAGGUGAUCAUAAUCGUUUUCCUCUUUAAUUAUGAGACCAUAAAAUAAUAUGUUUAUUCGACAACAAGAAAUUUAUUUUUUCCCGCGAUUAUUGAUUGAACAUUUUCUAUAAUCGAUUAUCGAUUAUUACAAAUUUUUCGGAACACCAUUGCUGUGUAUGAAUACUCGAAUAAGCGCCCAUCCUAUGGCCUAAAGUUUGAAACACGCCUCUUCUUACUCGACCUCUUUUCUUUUGAUAACCUAAGGCGGAGUACUAUGUUUUAAAAUCAUGUUUAAUCUUAAGCAGAGCAUUUUUUACGACCAUGUGGCUUUCUCGUUCACUGCAUCAUUGGGGAGCUUAAGCAACAACGACGACAGUAAAAACAUCAUUGAAAAAUGAAUUUGCGUCCUUUCAAACUUUAUCGCGUCUAUUUGGAACCGCUCAAUUUGUCAAAUGUAGGUGACUUUUCCUAGAGUUGAAUUCUUAAGGACUUUAUCCAUGUUGAAAUAUAAAACGUCGCCUUGGGAGGUUUCACGUCGUAGUCGUGCAGUGGACGUCAAAGAAAUGUACUAAGAAGCGUCAUACACGUGCAGAGCUGUUGUUUUGCUCAUAAAACCAAUUGUUUUUUGACGCUGUCGUCGUUGUCGUCGUCGUCGUCGUCGUAGUUGCUUAAGCUCCCUAUUACAGUACAAGUAACGCUAACACGCGGUGAAAAGAAAAAGUAUUUUUCUAAAAUAAUUAGCAUGGUCUAGCUCAUUCUGAAGCAUCCUGUGGAUGGUCCAACUCCAACACUGAAAACAUGACCCGGCAGAUAUUCAAAAUCUGAUCCUCAAAAUUUAACAAAGAAUGUUUGCCGUGGAUUUAUUAAAUUGGCUGGCAGUUUCAAUUGUUAGUGCUAAUCCCGAGGAUAAGUUGCCGAAAAGGAGGGCCGGAAUUUAACACGUCUUCCAAUUUUUCAACUCAAAUUUGAACGCCUGAAAUAUUACGCUAUGCCUUAUAGGUGAUGUUACACGACGAUGAUUUUUAGCGCAACACAGCGUUGCAAUGUUAGAGCAAUGUUGUAACCAUUCGAAACAAUGUCGCAGCAAUGUUGCCACGCUGCGUUGCGCUUAAAAUCGUCGUUGCGAAUCGUCAAGUGUAACAUCACCUUAUGUCGAACCACGUUCAAACGACGGUGUUAGCGGUCCAUUUUGCCGCGCGUUUUGCGAUAAUUGCGAAAUUUUAGGUUACAGUUUGUGUUAAAAAAUUCUUACAGUGUCUCCGGCAAGGUUCGUUCGUUCGUUCCAUGCGGAACAUUGCAUAUUUUUUCUCGCUUCCUUUCUGUAGAUUUUUGACACGUCGGACUUGCCCGGUGCGGUGUUGUAA